GUUCACCACCAGCUAUAGACCAGUCUUCAUCUCAUGUUCUAUUUGGAAUAAUAUCAGCACCAGUUGCGACUCCUGCUUCAAUUCUGCCAAUUUCUGUAGUACAUGCAUUGCAAAAUUCUCCUGCA